AAGGAAAACGAGACAAUCCCAACACCAAAGUCUACUUCCCCCCGUUCCGUUCCGUUCCGUUUCUCAGGUUCUCUUUCCACACACCAUCGACACGAAUCGACCCUGAGUCCCGAAUCGAAUCUCACUGAGUCCCGAGUCGAACCGAAUCCCUCUCAUCCCCGUUGAUCGCCCACGCCCAACAUUCGGGGAGGAGGAAUAGCGGAGGAGGAGGAGGCCAAGGACCGCCGCCGCCGCCGCCGCCAUGGCCGCGCUGCCGGUGAUGAAGCUGGGGACGCUGCUGCUGCGGACGCUGUCCAAGCCUAUCGCCAACCGCCUCAAGAGCCAGGCCGCCGUCCACCCCAAGUUUCGUGACUUCAUCAUCAGCAUCGCCCAGACAAACCAUCGUAUCACUACAAGGAUACAAAGACGCAUUUACGGGCAUGCUACUAAUGUGGCUAUCAGACCUUUAGAUGAGGAGAAGGCAGUACAAGCUGCUACAGAUCUCAUUGGAGAAGGCUUCAUCUUUUCGGUUGCUGUCGCCGCUUUAAUUUUCGAGGUGCAAAGAAGUGCUAGGUCAGAGGCUAGAAAGGAGGAAGCUCGUAAACAGGAACUUGAGGAACUGAGACAAAAGGAAGAGAUUCUAGCUAAAGAUUUAGAAGAUCUCAAGGUGAAGCUGGCUGAACUUGAGCGCCUCGCCAAAGGCCGGGGCCUUUCUGGAAUAUUGAACUUCAAAGGUGUCAAUGCAGCAGAUAGCAGCAAGGAAGCAACACCUGCUUGAUUUAUCGAUUCAACUUUCGUCAGGAGAAAGGGGAAUGUUGUGUUGUGGAGUUUAUGCACAAAGCACCUCGAAAUUAGCUAAUUGGUUUCUUCUGUCGCAGUUCUUUGAUACUGUAGCCAUGCCCAUUCUUUGGGUGAAUGGAUCAAAUUUUAUGGUGGUUGAUCCAUUAGACAUCCUGAUGAAAUAAUUGUGUGAUUGUGUGAGGAAAAAGCCCUGUUACUUCUGGGUAAGUGACCACCGAACAAGAUAUAAAGAUGAAUGUAUUCUUACUUUGGGCCUUUUUUGGCUCGCUAACA